UGAGCUACAUACCUCAACUCCUCAGCAGUCCCCGCAGGUACCAGACCAGAGGGGAGCAUGGAGCUGCUGUCCACCCCCCACAGUAUUGAGAUCAACAACAUCACCUGUGACUCCUUCCGCAUCUCCUGGGCCAUGGAGAACAGUGACCUAGAGAGGGUGACCCAUUACUUCAUUGACCUCAACAAGAAGGAGAAUAAGAACUCUAACAAGUUCAAACACCGGGAUGUCCCCACCAAGCUCGUUGCCAAGGCUGUGCCACUGCCCAUGACAGUUAGAGGGCACUGGUUCCUGAGCCCCCGCACGGAAUACAGCGUGGCUGUGCAGACAGCUGUGAAGCAGAGUGACGGCGAGUACCUGGUGUCUGGCUGGAGUGAGACUGUUGAAUUCUGCACUGGCGACUAUGCCAAGGAACACCUGGCUCAGCUGCAGGAGAAGGCUGAGCAGAUUGCAGGCCGCAUGCUUCGCUUCUCCGUCUUCUACCGCAACCAUCACAAGGAGUACUUCCAGCACGCCAGGACCCACUGCGGGAACAUGCUGCAGCCCUACCUGAAGGACAACAGCGGCAGCCACGGCUCUCCCACUAGCGGCAUGCUCCAUGGCGUCUUCUUCAGCUGCAACACGGAGUUCAACACGGGUCAGCCUCCCCAGGACUCCCCCUACGGCCGCUGGCGCUUCCAGAUCCCCGCCCAGCGCCUUUUCAACCCCAGCACCAACCUGUACUUCGCGGACUUCUACUGCAUGUACACGGCCUACCACUAUGCCAUCCUGGUGCUGGCGCCCAAGGGUUCCCUGGGGGACCGCUUCUGCCGCGACCGCCUACCCCUCCUGGACAUUGCCUGCAACAAGUUCCUGACCUGCAGCGUGGAGGACGGGGAGCUGGUCUUCCGCCACGCCCAGGACCUCAUCCUGGAGAUCAUCUACACCGAGCCCGUCGACCUGUCCCUGGGCACCCUGGGCGAGAUCAGCGGGCACCAGCUCAUGAGCCUGUCCACUGCUGACGCCAAGAAAGACCCCAGCUGCAAGACCUGCAACAUCAGUGUGGGCCGCUAG